CCCGCCUCUGCGUCCCCAUCCCCGCGCCAAACGACGUCUCCCAAGGUUACCGACCCACGGAGCAGACCUGCUGUGCCCAGCCCGCUCCCAAUGUCGGGGCACAUUUUCCGCCAUGCGGGCGCGAAAGUAGGGUCAGCAGCACCGCGCCCAGAUCACGACCACGCAUCGAAAACGGACCCCGCUGAGUACACUUUUCCUCGAAGGUCCAUCCGAUUAUUUCAGCAGCCCGAGGAGUUUAUAGGCACAGGCACCAUCACAGUACUCAAAACCGCGACUUCUUUCACAUUUCCUUCCGAGCGUAGCGCUUCUUCAAGAUGAAAGCCGGCCAAUGGGAUCCCAAGCAGCAGAAGGUUGUCGUUAACGACAUACCAAAGCCCUCACCUAGCCCUACUCAAUUCCUCGUCAAGAUCCAAUCCGCGUCACUAUGCCAUUCCGACCUGAUAAUGGAUAUGCGCCCAGACUACCCGGUCACCCUAGGCCACGAAGGUGUUGGGUAUAUAGAGGCCAUCGGUCCUCAGGCAGAGGGCAAAGGCUUCAAGGUUGGGGAUGCAAUCGGUUUUAACUACUUCAUCGGGUGCUGCUUCGAAUGCGAGGGUUGCAUGAUUCACAAUCUGCGAUGCGAAACGGGGAACCAAAGACUUCAGGGAUUUGCGGUCGAUGGUUUCUUCGCUGAGUAUGCUGUGGUAGACUGGCAAAAUGCCGUCGUUCUCCCAAGUAACCUGGACAUGUCGAAGACAGCACCGUUGUUCUGUGCUGGCAUUACCUCGUUCCAUUCCGUCGACAGCUGCGAGUUGAAGGAAGGGCAGUGGCUCGCCGUGAUUGGAUGCGGUGGCUUAGGGCAAUAUGCGAUCCAGUACGCAAAAGCAAUGGGCUACAAGGUCAUUGGGCUUGACAUCAACGAUUCGCAACUGGAGAUGGCUAAAAAAGUCGGCGCCGACGCCAUCUUCAACUCAAUGUCGAACAAGAACUACGCGGAGGAGGUGAAGAAGCUCACAGAUGGGAAAGGCGUCCACGCUGCGGCUGUGUACAGUGCUUCAAACGCCGCUUAUGCUGGCGCACCAGACGUCCUGCGAACUGGAGGCUUAUUGAUGGUCAUCGGCAUAGCACCCAAGCCUCUUGACUUCAUCACCACUUUCGACCUCACGACCGGUAGGUAUCGCAUUAAGGCGGAUAGUACGAGCAUUCCCCAGCGGAUGAAGAAGGCUGUUGAUUUCACAGCCAAACAUAGCAUCCAGCCAGAUGUUGAUUUCAACAAGAUUGAGGACCUUCCGCGAAUGGUCGCAGACAUGCACGCAGGGAAAGCCGAGAAGAGGCAAGUAGUCAUCUUUUAGAUGGACCGCAUAGUGUCCACAUGUCGAAUCCAAUGACCUGCAA